AAUCAACAGAAACAAAAAGAGGGAGAAGAAAAAUAAUGGCGAGAGUGUUCGUCUCUAUCCCUAUGCAACCCACACAAACAAUCUUCUCCGCGUCUUCUUCGUCCUCUCAGCCGCUAUUCUCACCACCGGCAAACGAUUUCUGCGGCGGUGGAGCCGGGGGAUUAAGUCUUACCCGGAGAAUCAGAGACUGUUCCGUUGUGACGCGAGCUGGGCCGAGUACGAGUAGCUACUUGCUCGCGUUCGCUAUUCCUGCUACUCUUAUCGCUGCCACCGUCUUCACUUCAAUCAAAAUCGCUGAUAAGCUCGACGAAGAUUUCCUCGAGGAUAUUGCGUUGAACCAAGCGAUAAAAGGAGCAGAAAAUGGGGAGAAUGGUGAACGUGACAUGUCACUGGACGAUGUGAUUCAAGAACCUGUGCUUCAACGAACACGUAACCGGCCUAAACGUGAAGUUUAACACACACAUAAUAAACAUCUUGUUAAAGAUUUCUUCAAUGAUCUUGUUGACUCUGUAAUACAUCUUGUGUUUUGUAGCCUUCUUAUUAGUCCCAUUUAUAGUUUGUACUUACUAGUAUUAUUACAAUAUUGUUUGAUCGUUUGUAUAAAAAUUGGUUAAUUAAAUAUCAAAUGCUGCUCAUUGCCGA